AUCAGGCUUAGGUUUGCAUUGUAGGGACUUUCGAACUCAAGAGUGCGUGGGGGGCUUCCUACACGUACAAAUACUUUGUAUCUUCAAAGGGAACAGUUUCACCAUUCCCGUUUGUGAUUGACCUUCCUCUAACUGCGUAAUCUCUGACUUCAACGUAUCUCCGCUACGAUCUCCAAAUGUCACGUCUCGGAGCAUAAAUCUCGUUGGUCGUGGUGAUCGAAUUGCGAGCAGCAGCAGGGGGGAAAGUUUGCAAAAACAGCGCUGGGAGAAGUCAGCAGGUCAAACAGCAUCUGUGGAGAGACAAGUUGCAAAUCGACUUUUUCUCCAUUGGGAGAACUGCAACAAGAAAGAGUUUCGGGUCAAAGAUUGACGGACGCAGAGUUUUGUUUUCAUUGAACGAGCGGCAGGAAUCCAAGAAACACGUGUCCACACUAUGAGGAUCCUUCUCAUUCUAAUAUGCCUGGACACUAUCGUUAUAGUGAGAAACAAACCAUUAGAAUGUGAAAUAAAUAAUAUUCUACGCAGAGAGGAGGAGCGUUGCUUUGAGACAAUUUCAAACAAUAAAAUCGACUCCGAAACGCGGACGUUCGAAGCAGGCUGUGACAGAAUGUGGGACAACCUGACCUGCUGGCCCUCCUCUUCAUUGGGAAAGACUGUUGCGGUACCUUGCCCCAAGGUGUUUUAUGUUUUGACUCACAAAGAAGGAGUCGUUUACCGAAACUGUACAAGUGAUGGAUGGUCAGAACAAUUCCCUGCCUAUGCAAUAGCCUGUGGAUAUGAUGUGAAUGAUACUCAAAAUUCAAUCAAGUAUUCAAACUAUAUGAACAUGAAGAUUAUGUAUACAGUGGGACACAGUACAUCCUUCAUAUCCCUGACCAUAGCUGUAGCAAUCCUUGGAUUAUUUCGGAAACUUCAUUGCACCAGGAAUUACAUUCAUAUGCACCUGUUUGUGUCGUACAUGUUUCGUGCUAUUUCAAUCUUCAUAAAAGACAGAAUCCUCUUUUCCUCCGAAGCUGUUGAUCAUUGCAGUGCUUAUUCGGUUGAAUGCAAAUUUGCCAUUAUUUUCUUCCAAUACUGUACUAUGGCUAAUUUCAGUUGGUUACUUGUAGAAGCUCUGUAUCUGCACACACUCCUGGUGGUAUCUGUAUUUUCAGAGCAAAAAUAUUUCUGGUGGUUCAUUAUUCUUGGAUGGGGUGGCCCAGCACUUUUUAUUUCACCUUGGGCAAUUGCAAGAAGAAUAUAUGAAAACAUUGGCUGCUGGGAUAUUAAUUCAAAUGAAUAUAUAUGGUGGAUCAUCAAAGGACCUAUAAUUUCAUCUAUUUUUAUCAGCUUUGUGCUCUUUCUUCACAUCAUUAGGAUAUUAAUAAAAAAGCUAAAAACACCUGAUGUUAUGGGGAAUGAGUUUAACCAGUACAAGAGACUUGCAAAGUCUACUUUCUUGUUAAUCCCGUUGUUUGGAGUCCACUAUAUAGUUUUUGUAACUUUUCCGGAAACAGAAGGGAGCCUUGCCAUAGAAUUACGAAUAUGUUUAGAGCUCUUUCUUGGAUCGUUCCAGGGCUUUGUCGUUGCAGUACUUUACUGUUUCCUUAAUGGUGAAGUGCGAACUGAAAUCAAGAGAAAAUGGAGGCGGUGGAAGCAGAAUAAAUAUUUUACCGUGGAUUUACAAAACCAACACAGUUCCAUAAUUAAUAGUGGAAUGACUGGUGGAACACAGGUAUCACUAUUGACAAGUUCCAGUUCCAAAGAACAAGAACUUGUUUUCCAGGAAUCGGAUGUUCUUUAAAGAAGCAAAUAUAAUAUUGCACUUCAAAUGAUUUUUGUGGCUGUGAACAAUUUAACAAAAGGUGAUGCUACUAUCGGUAGGUUUGAUGUCAGGCUUGGCAGUUCCAUUGGGAAGUAUAAAUUAUUCCAAAUUGGUCUGUCAUUUGAGUUGGUGUUUGCAUUGGAUGCUUAUCAUG